GUGCCUUAGCCGGCGUUGUCGUGUCAAGUUUGACGUUUCUAAUAUCGAAAUGUUAUUUUUCGUUUACACCCCUUUUAGUACGAGUUCUGAAUUGUACAUAAUUAACAAACAAAAGUAACGACGGUUUUUGGUUUCUAACAUUUUAAUUAGUAGAUUAGUCAAGUAUGAAUUGUGAAAGUAAAGAUGUAUUUUUUAAUUAGUUACUAUGGCCAGAGAUAGUGCGGGAAAUUUAAAACAUCGAAAAAUUAACAAUGAAAAACUAACAUCUAAUAAAAGUAUGGUAGAGGACGGUAAUGAUUUUGAAGAAGAUGAAAAUAGUCUAUCAUCUGACACCUGCGUCCUGUUGAAUCGAGGUGGAGGCCAAAAGACUGAUGUAGUAAUAGUAGAAAAAGAACCACUAUGGGCGACUGCUAUACAAAUGUUCAUACCGUUUUUGCUGGCCGGUUUCGGCAUGGUGGCAGCCAGCUUGCUGCUGGAUAAAGUGCAGCAUUGGCCAGUUUAUCAAAAAGUGACUGAAGUUUACAUCCUAGUCCCGGCGCUGUUGGGCCUGAAAGGCAACCUCGAGAUGACCUUGGCGUCGAGACUAUCCACGCACGCGAAUUUGGGUCACCUGGACACCAAGAAGCAAAAGAUCAGCCUGAUCACGGGGAAUCUGGCUUUGAUUCUCUGCCAGGCCACGGUGGUGGGUUUUUUAGCCUCGGUAGCCGCAGUUGUAUUCGGUUGGGUUCCUACUGGCGUCAUCAACAUCAAGCACGCCUUGCUACUGUGCGCCAGCAGCGUGGUGACCGCUUUCGGCGCCAGUUUUAUCUUGGGUUUAGUCAUGGUCGGCGUCAUCAUGUUUUCCCGGUACCUAAAAAUCAAUCCCGACAACGUGGCAACGCCGAUCGCGGCGAGCCUGGGCGAUCUGACCACGUUGGCUUGCUUAUCGUGGCUCGCCUCGCUGUUUUACCGCACCAUGGAAAGUCACCCGUGGCUGACCACCGUGCUGAUUAUUUUGGCGUUGCUACUGGUGCCUGUUUGGGCGUACAUCGCCAGUCAAAAUCAGUACACCCACACUGUGUUAUUCAGCGGCUGGAGUCCCGUGAUAACCGCCAUGGUUAUCAGCAGUAUAGGGGGGUUGAUACUGGAUUUUACUGUAUCGCAGUACAAGGGGGUGGCUGUUUUUCAGCUGGUCAUCAACGGGGUAGGGGGCAAUUUAGUGGCGGUGCAAGCCAGUAGAAUAUCGACGGAAUUGCACAGCAUAUCUCAGCCGGGUUAUUUACCCCGGCAUAUGCAGGUGUGCAUAAGCCCGUGCGCGGCAUUUUGCGACAGCCAAGAAACUAGUCAUGCAGGCACCGCCAAAAUGCUAAUGCUUAUGGUCAUACCGGGUCAUCUCAUAUUUUCCUACACCAUAAGUUACCUACAAGCGGGUCAUACGUCGUUCACCUUCAUUUUCAUGGUUGUCUACUUAUUCGCCGCAUUACUGCAGGUCAUUCUUUUGUUGUACAUCGCACAAGUCAUGACCUUGAGCAUGUGGAAGCACGAAAUCGAUCCCGAUAACUCCGCCAUACCGUAUCUGACGGCGCUAGGUGAUCUCCUCGGCACUUUGCUAUUGGGAAUUGCUUUCCAGUUCUUGUAUCUCAUCGGAGACAGGGACAGCGAUGUAGGAGACUAAUUUAUGUAUUUUUUUUAACUAGUCAUGCGUUAAUUCUACCCGGUACAAAGGGCCUAAGGGAGACACCACUGUAACGGAAUUAUGAUAAAAUAUAUAAACAUUAACAUAUUAAUUUAGAAAGAACUUUACUAUCAUAUCAAUUGGGGUGAUGCAAUAUAAAUUUUAAUGAGUACCUACAGUGGUGUCCUCUGUAGGGCGAGACUAGAUAGUCAGUAUUUUUGUUCAAAACUAGCCAUAAGGGGCCAUAUUAUUGUAUAAAGAAUUGUUAUAUUAUAAAUUUGUACGAGGUGCUAUAAUUGUAAAUAUUUAAUAAAACAUUUUAUAUAA